AUGUUUUUAUUUGGUUUGAUAUUCUCAACAAGUCUUCUGUUUACUUUAAUAAAUGCCGAAAAUCACACUGAUGUCAACAAUGUUCAACAAUCAGUAAUCAAUAUUGCUGUUGCUGAACAUGAACCAAAUAAUAAUAUUCUUACUAAUGAUUCUCCUGACCAAUCCACGCAAACAACAACUGAAAAAAUCUUAAUCAGAGUUAUUCGUCUUAAUACAGAAGUUGAAAAGUCGAAAAUCAAUAAACGUGAACGUCGUCAAGUGUUAGAUGGUGAAGAAAUUUUGGGAAUGGCAAAAAAGGUGGCCAUUGUAGUGUUAGUUAUAGGUUCAUUAUGCAUGCUUUGUUGUCUUGUUACAACAAUAAUUAUUUGUGUUAAAUGCUGUUGUGGUGGUAAUAAUCGAAAACGAAAUCUAGCUCCAACUACUAUUCAAGUUCCACAACCUAUAUAUGUUCAUACAGGACCAUCUGGUUAUCAACCUCAAUAUUAUCAACAACAAGCUCCUCCUCAAUCAUGGAAUACUGUUAUGGUUCAAUCACCAGAAAGUCGUCCAAUGUUACCUCAACCAAGUGCACCACCACAACUAAAUGAUGAUAUUCACAUUGAACAUGUAUCACCACCAGCCUAUGAAAAACUUUAUACAAGCAAAUAA